UCGCUGAGCACACUUCGAGCUUUGCGGUGGUCGCAGCCUGGGGACUGACCAAAGGUCUCCGGGUUGGUCGGCCCCUACGCAGAGGCAGCCAACUCGCAGUGGGUCCGACAGGGCAUUAUCAGACCCUCCUGCUGCGCUUUUUCCCGGCGAGUUAACUGUCCCAUCGGGGUAACGCGGAGGUCCUUCGCGGAAGAACCAGCCUUAUGGGCUCAUCCGUUCACGCAAAGCCGGAGCUCCUGCAGCCCAUUCAGGCACAUGCAACUACAAACGCACACGUGCACACGGUGGCCCGCCGCAUCCCAAAGACGCUGGGCGCUUAAACUCCCGCAGGCCUGCUUUGAUGCUACUGGGGCUCGAAGACAAGGAGGGAGCUACGCAGCGGCUGCGUCACGCCUGAGGAGCUGCGGCGGCGGCGGGCGCGCUGCGCCGCUCCCGAAUUAACCCCUGCGCCGAUGCUACCUUUGGUCCUUGCCCAUUUCUCGUUGCUCUCCCCCCCCCGCCCGCAACAGCUGUUCCAUAGAGAGUGAGCGAGCGUCUAAAGGGGUAGCCCCGCCAUUUCUGCCCGAUCUUUCUGAAAAAGAAAAGGCUUCGAGCCAUUCUUUUAUUCUGGACAGGGGGACCCUCCCGUCCUUCGGAGAAAGUCAGGAAGCGCGAGAGGCAAGGAAGGACUCCCUUUCGUUCAGGAAAAAAUGGUGAAGCUGGGAAAUAAUUUUAGCGAGAAGAGCACAAAGCAUCCCCUCUUAGAGGAUGGAUUUGACACCAUCCCCUUGAUCACGCCCCUGGAUGUCAAUCAGCUGCAGUUCCCACCUCCUGAUAAGGUGAUGGUCAAGACUAAAACAGAUUAUGAACCUGACCGUAAGAAGGGAAAAUUCCGUACACCAAAAGUAGCUGAGUUCACAGUCAACAUUACUGAAGGUGCCUCAGAACGGGUUAAGGUAACUGUUUUGGUCCUUUUUGCUCUGGCAUUCCUCACCUGCAUUGUAUUUCUGGUAGUCUACAAAGUUUACAAGUAUGACCAUACCUGUCCAGAAGGUUUUGUGUUCAAGAACAAUCAAUGCAGUCCAGCUGGAUUAGAGAAUUACUACUCUGAACAAGACUCUAGUGCCAGAGGGAAAUUUUAUACAGUUAUAAACCACUACAACCUGGCCAAACAGACCAUCACACGAUCUGUAUCUCCAUGGAUGAUGGUGCUUUCAGAAGAAAAACUGUCUGAGCAGGAGACUGACGCUGCUGAAAAAUCAGCUUAGAAUGAUCAAUCUUCUUAAUUUGAAAGUAUCAAAUGGGCCUUCAUGAAAUGUCUCGUGGUUACAGAUAAUUUAGAGGUUACUCAUAUUUAUGGUGCAAAUUGCUUAGUUUGCUGAUAACUGCUUUGCAAAAAGAAAAAGAAAAAAGAAAACGAAAGCUUAGGCCAUUAAUGGCAAAGUGCAUAUUGGCAUUGCUUAUGCUUUAAUACCAAUUUCUCUUUCAAUGAAAAUAAACUUUGAUACAUUCUUGCAAUUUAGAAAUUUCAUUGAGCAAUUUGACAAGAGAGAUUUGCAUUUUACAGUGUGCACUGGUGUUCUGUGUUUUAAAAUCAGUUUUGCAGAAAUAACAGUUAGCUAGGAACUGUAUCUAAAAUUGGCUUGAAGCUCCAAAAUGAAUUAUCAAGAAAUAAAGUUGGCCUACUUUUGCUCACUGUACCAAGCAAGUAAGACAGCAUCAAGUUUUUGCAAAAAGAAUGCUUACUCAUUGAUUUGUUAUAGCUGUGACUAUUUCACUGCAUUACCACUAUGCCUAGAGAAUCAUGUAUAUUUACUUGCACUGAAACACAAAAUAUACACUAGGGAGCUGUACAUUAGAAUGGUGAUAUUUAGAAAAUGUGUAAGAAUGUUAAGCAUGACAAUGUUUUCAGAAUAGAAAAUACACUAAAGAGUAGUGCAGCCCUAUGGAAGAGAAGAAAAGCCUUUCACUGUAGAUGUAACUCACAGUGCAAUUUGUCCAAUGACAGCAGGAGUAAUUUUCUUAGAAUUUUCUCUUUUUGUAUAAUAUUAAGAUAUUUCCCUUUUUAAAUAUUGUGAAAUCCAUACUUCGGCAUUUUCUAAUGUCUAAAUAUUAAGACUGCAUUCUUAAGCAUAUAUACUAGGGAGUAUGUUCCACUGAACUCAGCAGGACUUUUACAUACAUAUCUGUAGAACUGGAUGGAGGAGAAAAGUGUAUACCUGCAUUAAAUCUUCCAACUUGCCACCCGUUGCUGUUUGAUAUGGCAUGUGAGGAGUAAGGGUGGAAUGAAGGUAAAGGUAAAGGUUCCCCUUGACAAUUUUUGUCCACUCGUGUUCGACUCUAGGGGGCGGUGCUCAUC